CGGCUCCAUCCUCCGCCGCCGCCCGAGCAGCUGUGGGGCCGCCGCCGCCGCCUUGCAGGCUGAGUCAUCACUAGAGAGUGGGAAGGGCAGCAGCAGAGAAUCCAAACCCCAAAGCUGAUAACAAAGUACCAUUUCUCCAAGUUGGGGGCUCAGAGGGGAGCCAACAUGAGCGAUGUUACCAUUGUGAAAGAAGGUUGGGUUCAGAAGAGGGGAGAAUAUAUAAAAAACUGGAGGCCAAGAUAUUUCCUUUUGAAGACAGAUGGCUCAUUCAUAGGAUAUAAAGAGAAACCUCAAGAUGUGGAUUUACCUUAUCCCCUCAACAACUUUUCAGUGGCAAAAUGCCAGUUAAUGAAAACAGAACGACCAAAGCCAAACACAUUUAUUAUAAGAUGUCUUCAGUGGACCACUGUUAUAGAGAGAACAUUUCAUGUAGAUACUCCAGAGGAAAGGGAAGAAUGGACAGAAGCCAUCCAGGCUGUAGCAGACAGACUUCAGAGGCAAGAAGAGGAGAGAAUGAAUUGUAGUCCAACUUCACAAAUUGAUAAUAUAGGGGAGGAAGAGAUGGAUGCUUCUACAACUCAUCAUAAAAGAAAGACAAUGAAUGAUUUUGACUAUUUGAAACUGCUAGGUAAAGGCACUUUUGGAAAAGUUAUUUUGGUUCGAGAAAAAGCAAGUGGGAAAUAUUAUGCUAUGAAGAUUCUGAAGAAAGAAGUUAUUAUUGCAAAGGAUGAAGUGGCACACACUCUAACUGAAAGCAGGGUAUUAAAGAACACUAGACAUCCCUUUUUAACAUCCUUGAAAUAUUCCUUCCAGACAAAAGACCGUUUGUGUUUUGUGAUGGAAUAUGUUAAUGGGGGAGAGCUGUUUUUCCAUUUGUCGAGAGAGCGGGUGUUCUCUGAGGACCGCACACGUUUCUAUGGUGCAGAAAUUGUGUCUGCUUUGGACUAUCUACAUUCUGGAAAGAUUGUGUACCGUGAUCUCAAGUUGGAGAACCUGAUGCUGGAUAAAGAUGGCCACAUAAAAAUUACAGAUUUUGGACUUUGCAAAGAAGGGAUCACAGAUGCAGCCACCAUGAAAACGUUCUGUGGUACACCAGAAUAUCUGGCCCCAGAGGUGUUAGAAGAUAAUGACUAUGGUCGAGCCGUGGAUUGGUGGGGCCUAGGGGUUGUCAUGUAUGAAAUGAUGUGUGGGAGGUUACCUUUCUACAAUCAGGAUCAUGAGAAACUUUUUGAACUUAUACUAAUGGAAGACAUUAAAUUUCCUCGAACACUCUCUUCAGAUGCAAAAUCAUUGCUUUCAGGGCUCUUGAUAAAAGAUCCAAAUAAACGCCUUGGUGGAGGACCAGAUGAUGCAAAAGAAAUUAUGAGACACAGUUUCUUUUCUGGAGUUAACUGGCAAGAUGUAUAUGAUAAAAAGCUUAUACCUCCUUUUAAGCCUCAAGUAACAUCUGAAACAGAUACUAGAUAUUUUGAUGAAGAAUUUACAGCUCAAACUAUUACAAUAACACCACCUGAAAAAUAUGAUGAGGAUGGUAUGGACUGCAUGGACAAUGAGAGACGACCGCACUUCCCUCAAUUUUCCUACUCUGCAAGUGGACGAGAAUAAGUCUCUUUCAUUCUGCUACUUCACUGUCAUCUUAGAUUUAUUACUGAAAAUGAUCCCUGGACAUCACAGCAGUCCUAGCUCUUACAAAUAGCAGGAGCACCUUCAGACAUCCCAGACCAAUCAAAGGUCUUCACCCCUGGCCAUCUUUCACCCACAAGAGAACACACAUAUACACAAAUACACUUGACUUUUUUGUUUUUGCAUGAAAUUGUAUCUCAGUCUAAGGUCUCAUGCUGUUGCUGCUACUGUCUUACAAUUAUAGCAACUUUAAGAGGUAAUUUUACAAUCUUUGGAAGUCAUGAGCCUGCCCUGUUCAUUUGUGCACCUAUUGUCAUCUUUUAUCUUUAGUUUUUCUUUUUCCCUAACAGUGAAGGCUAAAUGGGAAACACUGAUUCUAGGUACACUUUUUAACUUUCUAGAAGAUAAAUCAAAAACUAAUUAGACUAAGAAGAUUUAGUUUAAUAUUCAGAACAAGCAAUUGUGGGAGGGUGGUGAUGUGCAUAUGCAAAAUGUCAGUGAAGUUUAUCAGAUCAAUGCACAAAGUAGGUGUAAGUUGCUAAGAUCUGGCUGGAAUUCAUUAGGGAGCAUUCCAGAGAAGGACUGAACAACCGUCAAGAUAUAGAGGGGUUUAAAUUCCUGUUGGAUACUUCAGGGGAAGCCCUGUAUUUACAUGGACAUCCAGAUUUCAAGGCAGUUGUGGGCAACUGCACAUUAUUCUACCAAGGAGGAGGCGUGUGCACAGCAGAGUCAAGGUCACUUACCGAGUCUUCUGAUACAAUUUGCACCAGAGAGCAUUUUUUCCCCUGUGCUUGGAAACCUUUCCCCUUCUUGAUAUUUAUCACCUCUGAUGGCUGAAGAAUGUAGACAGGUUUAAUGGUCCUGCUUUUCACCAAAAUGUGUGCACCAAGGUAAACAGGUGUUUGCCUUCGUUUUAAUUUUUUACUUUCAUUUUACGUGAAUUAGCUUUUUCUCAGCUGUUAAAACUUUGAAUGUCCUUUUAUGAUUUUGUUUAUAUUGCAGUAGUAUUUAUUUUUUAGUGAUAAGGAUUGUAUGUCAUGUUAGCAAAUGCAUCUCCAACUUACAUAAAAUAGACUUACUGCAGUUUAUUUGACCCAUGUGCAAGGAAUGUACAUGCUGAUAAGAAUCAUGCACUUUUUCUCCUGUGUGAUAAGUUUUUGAUGAGGCUCUGAAAUUGUACUUACUUGUUAGAAUUUGGCUUUGGGAGAAGAGAUGCUAAUGCAUCGUUUAACCCCUUGGUGCUAAAAAUUAGAAAAUCCCCAACUAUCCAUGCCAAGGGGUUAAUGCAACAAGUGGAUGUUGAUGUUUGCUCAUUUGAGAAUUGAAAUAUUUGACCACCUGGCAAGAUAAGGUAGAGAAGAAAACUGAGACCUGAGUGAUGAUAAAAAAUGAUCUUUACUUGACAAAAUGAACCCAUCUUGAGUAUUUAUGAAGUAGGCAGUAAAGGAUAAGAACCUGGUGUGUUUAUUCUGAUCAUGGUACAUUUAUCACUGAAUUAAGCCAUCAGGGAAAAAAACAAAACAUAAAAAGAACACCUCCAACUUUUCUUUUUCUGUAUAUACUCAUGUCCCCAAAUUCCAACAUUUCUCACUUAAAGGGGACAUGUAUGCAAACCUCAUCUUUCUCCUUCAUUAAUGAUCUUCAGAUUAAACCCUUUGGUGCUAGGAGCUGACAUUUUCCAAAGCAGCCUAUGAAGUCCAAGGAACUGGGGGCCCUUCUUGCAGCUAGCAGGAGGCCAUCCCGCUCCUUGGAGUGAUCAUGGAAAUGUAUUUUAGUUAAACUAUCUGACAGCUCCCAAAUGGAAGACUACAGCAUGAUGUAGUAUUAUGAUUGCAUUGUAUGAAAGAGCAAGUGACUUUCUAAGUAGGAUGAAUCCUAUUCAUAUGCAGAUGUCUUAGCCUCUUGAUCUGGAAGUGUUGAUUAUAGAUCUGAAACCACUGCUGGCGGUGGGGGGAACCACUGGAACUGCAGGGGGGUUAAAGGGCAUUUUACUAAGGCAGCUAAGACAUAUUCAGACAUAGAUUUUAUCCUAAGUUUUCAUUAUUUCUACCUAAGUGAAAUUCAUCCUUAGUAUCAAAUAGGAAGUUACAGUAAAUGGUAAUUCAUUCUUAUGCAUCUAGCUUAACCUUUUUUUUUUUUUUUUCACUUGAAAUUAUGUUGACUGCUUCACUUUGACAAGAAAGUAGACUAGAAGGUAUGUCCUGUAAGUUGUCUUGCAUCCAUUAUAUAAAAAAGAAGCAGGUGAGAGAAAGAGAAGGAAACUGAGACUGGCUGAUGUUCAGAGUUUGUCCUUUUAGAGGGAAAGUGUGACAACAUAACACUAAGCAUACUGAAAGCCUUUGUUUUUUCUCUCAGAUCUUAAAGUGAUUUCCAUAACCUUGGCCAAGGACACUUCCUAAAGAUUAAUGACAGCAUUGACAGUGCCCCAGGCUGGCCACUCCUUACAGCUGGCUCUCAGUCCCCAGCCCAUGCCCUGGGGUCCAGGGCUCAGUCACUUCUCCCUAUCCUUUCUGUUAGCAUCACACAAGGUGUUUUCUUGUCUUCAACUUUGAGAACCCCUUCCUUUCACUCCCAGAUCAAUCCAUUGGUCUGGAGAAUAAUAGAAACAGAAAUGUGUGUAAGAGAUUGCUAAAACUUCCCUUGUUUCUGCCUAUGGGGGUAAUUUUCGAUUCUGGCAGAUGGGAAACCUGAAAUCAUUCUAUCAGAAUACAGUUUAGACAUUGCGGACUCCAUCCUGUUCUUUCGUGAAGUUUGCCCUCUUGUCAUAAUGCAGCCAUCUUGAAGGAAACUGGCCAUUUCUGCAUGGAUUUCUGGCAGGGUUGUGCACAGCUUACACUAAUUACAUAGCAUUAUUCCAGUAUUUUUUUUCAUUUCCCAUAUCUGAUUUCUGGCUUCGUAAAGCUGACUGUUCUUGCAGGGGCCACUUGCUUCUCCUAGAGUACUCAAGUGAGGGCCUUCCUUCCUAACUGCAGGGUCUCUAUAUUACACCUCAGUGUCCACACUUUGCUGCUACUGUUUGUACUGUCUACAGUAGAAUCUCCUUAUCUUGCUCCUUGUAGUGCAUUACAGGCAAGCAUGAAAUGUAAAGUAUUUAUUUAAAUAAAAAGAAAACCUCUAAAUUGGUAAUUGAAUUACCUCCCUGUAGCUUUAUAGUUUGUGACAUUUCUUGACCUUGCUAGUUCUUCAUUAGAUCUGCACAAGAUCUAGUCAUCUGGUUAAGGAUUUUAAGCAGACGCAACUAUGAACCCAAGAACUGUAUUACUAUUACUGUUGGUCAUACUAAAACUGUUUAUUUCCUUAAGUAUAUGACCCACAAGGAUGUGAAAUAACUAAAAGAAACUGUUUUUGUACACUGUACAUCCUUAGUAUUUUUACACGUAUAUGAUAGGGAUGCACAUUAUUUUCCUUCGUACAGACAGCUUAAAUAAAGCACUAUGUCAAUCUGCUA